GGGGGAACUUCCUGCCAUUUCUCCCACACCGCUUCCUCUUUACAGUGUAGCAUGAAACUUGCGGGGAAAGACGAAGUCUUUGUGGCAGCGAAGAGGUUCCCUUUCCGGGAAAAAAGGAUUCGAACUCGCAGCGAAAGCCAAAAGUGAGCAGCAGCAGAGAAUUGGGUUGGUGUAAAAGGAGGUUCAGUGCAGCCGAAGGAGUCGCUUCAGUUCGCUUCGGAGUAAAUAAGAGUAAACGAUGUUUCCUCGAGCUGACUGUCCAAGAAAGUGAACGGAAGGGGCUCUGCAGAAAGGGAGUGUAGACCUUGGGCAGGGUUUGUCCUUCCAUGAGGUGGGUGAUUGAUGUGAGGCAGAGAUGAGGACGACAGCUGAGGAAUCAUCAAACAGCAACAACAGUGUGGGUGGUGGAUUAGGUGGCGGCAGCACCGUCCUGCAGCGCCUCCUGCAGGAGCAGAUGAAUCGUAAUUACGUGCUGCAACAGCAACAACAACAAGGAGGAGUAGCAGGGGGGGGUGGGGGUUACCCAGGACAGGGACAGGUUGGCCCCUCUGAUGAUCACUCCAUGACCCCCCACAUAGCUCGACAGGAGCCCCAGGGACAGGAGCUGCAGACGGACAAUGGCCUGGAGAAGUUGGGCUCCACCAGAGUAGGAGGUGGGGGUGGGAGCAAUGGAGGAGGUUUCGGGACUGGGGGAGGGAGAGGUGGCAGCAUUGGAGGCGGCCAAGGGCAAUGCCCAAACCCAGAGGACCUCCCUACCUAUGAGGAGGCCAAAGUACAGUCCCAAUACUUCCGUGGCCAUGGUCCUCUUACUCAGCCACAGCAGCAAAACAACCAGCCCCAGCAGCCUCCUAUCUCAGCCUCAGUGGGUGCUACCUUCUAUGUCACUGGGGUAACCAGCACCAAGGUGCGUACUGAGGGUCGCCCAACUGUACAACGAGUGAGUGGUGCAGGAAAAGUGCACCAGGAUGAUGGGCUGAAGGAUCUAAAGCAAGGGCAUGUUCGGUCUCUCAGUGAAAGACUUAUGCAGCUCUCCCUAGCCACCAGCGGCGUGAAGGCACAUGCUCCUGUCACCAGUGCCCCUCUCUCCCCCCAGCUACCCCCACCAGGCCCACAGAGUGACUUCUACAAGCCGCAGCAUCGUGGCCCCCCUCCAGAGUACCCCUUCAAAGGAAUCGGCUCACCUUCAAAGCAGCAGGAUCCUGGAGGCCAUUUUUACCAGGAGCAGAGAGGGAGGGAGCACUCGAGGGAGCUGCUUCCUGUCCGAUACCAGCCACCACCUGAGUAUGGUUCAUUCAGGUCCAGUAAGGAGGGUUCGCUUCACUCCCAGAGACCCCUUCACCAGCACAGUCCCACCUCCUCUGUCACCUCGGUGGGCUCCUUGUCCCGUGCUCAGUCUUCAACCCUCAGCAGCAUGCUUGGUGCCUCCCACUCCUCCCAUAUUUCCUUUCACCACCAGCACCCGCAGAACCAUGGUGAGCCUUUCCAUUGCAUUGGGCCCCGCAGUCCACAGAGUCCUAGUAUGCACCAUGCAAGUGAGCCCUUGACCUUAGGGCCCAUUCACCCACCCCUACAGAGAGGUCAUGGUUUCCCACAUGACCCCUAUGGCUCUACCCCAAGGAUGCACCAUCAGCAACAGCACCAUCAGUAUCAGCAACAACAGCAGCAGCAGCAGCAGCUGCAAGGACACUUCCAGCUGCCGGUCCAGGCUGGAAAUUUCCCCCAUCCGCACUCCUACUCCCAGCUGCAGGGAGAGCCCUUUGCCAUGAUGGCACGUACCCACCAGAUGGUGGAUGUGUUGACGGAGGAUAACAGGAUGUUGAGGCAGGAGAUGGAGACGUGUCGUGAGAAAGUCACCAAGUUGCAUAAGUUGGAAACAGAGAUCCAGCUGGUGUCUGAGGCCUAUGAAAAUCUUGCCAAGUCCUCCUCCAAGAGGGAGGCCCUGGAGAAAACUAUGAGGAACAAGCUGGAGCUGGAGGUGCGCCGGCUGCAUGACUUCAACAGAGACCUCCGAGAGCGUAUGGAGACGGCCAACAAACAGCUCGCUGCUAAAGAGUUUGAUGGCUCAGAGGACAGUCGCAAAACCAUCUCCCAACUGGUCACACAGAACAAAGAAACACUUCGCGAGAAGGAGAAGCUGGAGAUGGAGGUGCACUCGCUGCGCUCCACCACUGAAGAUCAAAGGAGACACAUUGAGAUCAGAGACCAGGCACUCAACAAUGCUCAGGCCAAGGUAGUCAAGUUGGAGGAGGAGCUGAAAAAGAAGCAGGUUUACGUGGAGAAAGUGGAGAGGAUGCAACAAGCCUUGGCUCAGCUUCAGGCAGCUUGUGAGAAGAGGGAGCAACUCGAGCAUCGUCUCCGUACGAGACUGGAAAAGGAGCUGGAGUCAUUGCGCAUGCAGCAGCGUCAGGGAGCCUCUCAAAGCAGUGGUGGGGUCCCAUCUGAGUACAAUGCCACAGUGCUGAUGGAACACCUAAGGGAGAAGGAGGAGCGGAUCCUGGCUCUGGAGGCCGACAUGACCAAGUGGGAGCAGAAAUACUUGGAGGAGAGCGUGAUGAGGCAGUUUGCAUUGGAUGCCGCCGCCUCUGUCGCCACUCAGAGGGAUACAUCUGCAUCAAUGAUAAGCCACUCUUCCAACAGCAGCUAUGAUACAUCAGUAGAGGCUCGAAUCCAGAAGGAAGAAGAAGAGAUUCUCAUGGCCAAUCGGCGCUGUCUGGAUAUGGAAAGCAGGAUAAAGAAUCUCCAUGCCCAGAUCAUAGAAAAGGAUGCCAUGAUCAAGGUGCUCCACCAGCGCUCAAGGAAGGAGCCCAUCAAGUCAGACCUACCGUCUGCAAUGAGGCCGUCCAAGUCCCUGAUGUCCAUCUCCAACAGUGGCUCUGGUGGAUCAGGACUGCUCUCUCACAGCUUGGGACUGAGUAGUUCGCCCAUCACUGAAGAACGCAAGGACACCUGCUGGAAAGGCAGUCUGGGGCUUCUGCUGGGUCCUGAGUUUCGUACAGAGUCUCUCAGGACAGGAUCAAUCUCAUCAUCCCCCUCUCCAGUGCUUCCCUCCACCCCGAUGACCGCAGGCCAUUCAAAGACGGGCAGCAGGGACAGUUGCACGCAGACCGACAAGGGUCAAGGUCAGGAUACCAGCAAGCCCAGCACUCCAGCGGUUCAGAGCAUGACACUGCCUGCCCGCCUGUCCAGCCCCGGCCCCAUCUACAUCCCUGACCGCAUAGCAGAUGUGGCGGCGUUUCACAGCAGCACCCUGGAGCGGAGGCAACCUGUCCAGUCCCACCUACAGCAACAGCUCCACCCAUUAAAUCCAUCCACCCAACAGGAACUGGACAAUGACAUGGUGGAGAUCCUCAUCUGAUACAAUGACCUCUGGAAGAAAACAUCUAAAUGAAGAUGGCAGUUCAAUUGGAACAAACACAACAACAUGUAAAUCAUCCUGGCUCAUUCCUUACACCAGCUGACCCUCAUGAGACACAUUUUCUAAUGUUUACACAUGCAUGCAUUCAAACACAUUCUCUUUAUCCCUUCACCGAAUCACUGUUUGUUAUAGUCAUAUGAAAAAGCUAUUAAAAGCAAAAAGCAGAAGUGUGAUAACCUCUGCUUUCCCUAAACUUGAAGUGGAAGUUUAUGGCCUUAUAUUUAUCUUUUUAACUGUGAUGGUGAUGAGGAACUUGGGGACUUAUGUUUGAAGUUUAAUGAAAGUCAUUGAGUGUUUUCAUUCCUUUUGUAUUCUUGAAAAAGUUGACAGGAAUAAUGAGAUGGAAUUUAAACAGGGUAUUUCCUGGCUGAAAAUUAGGCAGAGGUGGUACUGUCAGACCUUGCAGGGGUGGGGGAGCCAUGCACAGCUCCACUGCCCAGGUACAGCGCACUGAGCAGGGGCAAAGACCCAGGGACCCGGGACCCCUCCACUGCCCAGGCUAGAGUGAGCACAUCUCUGCCACAGUGCCACCAAGCCUGGGGCAGACACCCAGGGAGCCAUAAACAGCUCCACUAAGUCCGCUUACAGUGUUCAUUUUCAUACAUACACAAAAGUUAUGUUUUACAGUUGUCUCCGGCUCUGUCAGUAAUUUACUGCUACUCUCUGUGUCUCUAUCAUUUGCACUGUGCACUGCCAACCGAAUCAAGCCAAACUGAGCCGACCUGCCAUCUCUUACGGCUCUCCAUACAUUGCCGAAGUUCACAAAUUCUGUUGUUUUUACCCAGUCUGAGUUUACACAUGUGUCUGAUGACACAGUUUGUGUGAGUGUGUCUGACUGUCUGCGUGUCGGCAAGAGAGGAAGAGAGCGAGCAGAGUGCGCACAGCUCUGAAGAAAGAUUUAACUAAUUUGUUAAAAGUAUGGAUCAUUAUGUGGUGAUCAGUGUUUAUGUUGUGGCAUCAUUUAAAACAAAUCAAUGUUUAAACUGAAGAACACAAGGAACGCACUUUGUUUAUAGUAAUCAACUGCUUAUAAUGAUCCAUUUGGCCCAGGAUAAACAUGAUCACUACAAGCUGUUUCCACUGUACUAGAAUUUUGUCAGGAGGCGGCAUGAAAUUUGAUGGAGGCAGUUGCCUCGCAAUUCUCUAUGCAGUAAAAGAAGACCUGAUAUAUAUGUAUAAAAAGAGUAGACCAAGCUUCACCUAAAAAAUGAAAAUUCACUCAUUAUCUACUCACCCUUCGGUGAACUAUCCCUUUAAGGUAAAAGAUUUCUUUCUUUGUUAGUAUUGUAUGAGUCACAGUGGUUGGUGACAAAGGUUUUGUUUGAAUGCAAUACUUUUUGACCUGGGGGGUUGUCACAAACCAUAAUACUUUCAGCAGAUUUUAGGAACUUUUAAGAGGCUUACCAUGUAACAUUUUUCUUUCGUAACACGCAAACGAUGCCUAGAAAUUGGCCUAAACAAAGCAGCUUGUUAUUUGGACAUGUGACAGAUCUGUAAACUCUCUCAUGCAGUGUUGCUGGAGGCUUGUUAGCUCCUUUGGACCAAAUGUCUUGGCUACCUUUUUGUUGCAUUUAAUUGCACUAAUUAUCUUUGAAGUGUUUCUUUUUUGCUAUUUUAAUUCUUUAUUACUUCUGACAUUAGGUAUUGUAUUUAUGUGUAAUGUAUUACUGUAGUUAGACACAGCACUUGCAUAAUCAGAAAUCAUGUCAAAUAUAAAACAUUAUUAAUUGUAUAUAUAGUUUUACAUAAUGUAUGUACUAUAUUGGUCUCUGUAACUGUGUGCCAUGGUGGAAUCUGAGAGUUGAACCUUACAGUUGUGUUACAUUUCAAGAACUGUUAGUGAGUUGUGAUGCUGCCUUUAUGGUAGAAGACCUAUUUUUGGUAUAACCUCAAGAUAAAGUGCUGCAUGGAUCAGUGUGCAAAGUCCUCACGGUUCCUCCUGAAACAGCCCCCCGACUAAUAGAUGUAGUUGGUCGGUCACAGGUCGUCUCAAACAGGCCAAUGCUGAUGCAGAUGUGACCAUGUCAAGGAGUGAAGUUUUAGUGUUUUGGAAAGGUGACCACUGUGACUCUCCGCAACAAGGUCGCUGCCUGCAUGACCCCACUGGGUCACUGUCAAGUGGCAGAGACUCUUUAUGUAAUGAAUUCAGUAUUUCAAUUCCCAUUGUUAAACAACAGUAUGGAGGAGAUUUAUCUUUUAGUAUGAUGCACUUAAUGGCACAAAACUGACAAAUGUACACUUUAUUAUUAAUAGCCACUUAUGUAACCGUACCUACUACCCACAUGACUUGUUAGUAUAUCAAUUUUUUUUUUAUUCAUUCAAAUAAACACCAGCCUUGGCACUGUUACGCAGUGUUACACUAUGUCUGCUCCUCCAUCAGAAUAUUAAAUAUGAUUUCUGUUGUGUUAUCAGACAAAGACAAUUUACUUUACACUAUGCAUUAUAUAAUGCUUUGUUGACCAAAGGUCACAGAAUGGAUUCAUAUCUGCAGAUAAAAUUCUUCUGUAAACUCAAGAAGAGCUCAAUCUUAAAAAUGUGUCACAUGUUCAAGUCCCUCUAAAACUUAGCAGGAAAUUAAAGUUUUUUUAGUGGUGACAGGUUUAGUGGUUGACCUGUUCAAGGCUACAAUGUAGCAAUAUAUUUUUAAUGUGUGUGGUUAAAUAUUUCGAAUGAGGUUAAUAUAUUCUAAUUAAAUAUGUCCACUGAAAACCAAACCUUUUGGACCAAAUAAGCUAUGAAUGGUCAGCCAAUGAAUGUUGCAAAUUUAGAUGGUCAGUAGUAGCAUUUCAUUGCUAAGAAACACACUGAUAUGUUGUAAGGUACCUGAUGAAAUAAGGACUCAGACCACUACUUAACCUCGUCAUCAAAAAUGAUUUGUGUUAUUUUUUUCCUCAACAGAAAUCCACAUUCCUCGAGUGAGAUCAUUUGAAAAUCAAGUUGCUUUCCCUUUCUGUCACAGAAUAUGCAGCAACCUGUAUUUUGUCUGAAACAUGUUUAUUGAUACAUUUUAGCUCACUGUUGUAUCCAUCGCCAUAUUAGUAUUGGUUAAUAAAUAUGUUGACAAAUUUUGCCAUCACUAGCA